AUGGUAAAACAAAUUGUAGCAGCUUUACAAGUGGGUACCGAUCCUAAAGGUACACAAGCCACUUUAGAAAAAAUUUUGAGUUUUGAAACUGAAAUUAAAAACAGUGGUGCCAAAUUAGUCGUUAUACCAGAAGCUACUCUGGGUGGAUAUCCCAAAGGUUCCAUAUUUGGAACAUAUUUGGGUUAUAGAUUACAAUCUGGGCGUGAACAAUAUGCAGAAUAUUAUUCCCAAGCAAUUGUUGCUGAUCCAAACGCAUACGAAGUCAAGCAAUUGGCCAAAUUAAGCCAUAACACAGACGCUAGUUUAGUAGUCGGUUGUAUUGAAAAAGAACUUGAUUCUCACAAAACUUUGUAUUGUACCAUGCUAUUUAUAGACCCUAUUAAAGGCUAUAUUGGUAAACAUCGUAAAUUAAUGCCAACUGCUACCGAAAGAUUGAUUUGGGGUACUGGUGAUGGUUCUACCCUAACUGCUGUUGAUUCAGCGGUGGGGAAGAUUGGUGGUGCUAUUUGCUGGGAAAAUAUGUUACCAUUAUUAAGACAAGCCAUGUAUGCUAAAGGAUUAGAUGUUUGGUGUGCACCAACAGUUGAUCAAAGACCAAUUUGGAGAUCUGUUAUGCAAAACAUUGCUUACGAAGGCCGUUUGUUUGUAGUCAGUGCUGUUCAGUAUAUGCCAGAUGCUACAAAGAUGGGAUUGGGAAUUACAGAUCCGUCAGAUCCUGAAAGAAAAAUCUUGCCUGGUUGGGAAUCCAGUGACAUACCUUGUAUUAAUGGUGGUAGUAUUAUUGUUAACCCUUAUGGCGAAAUUAUUGCGGGUCCUUUAAUUGGCAAAGAAGGCUUAGUCACUGCUGAAAUAGAUACUGAUGUUAUUGUGGAAGCUCGCUAUGACUUUGAUCCAGUCGGUCACUAUGCAAGAGGUGACGUUUUCCAAUUAACUGUUAAUGAAAAACCCAGUAACAAUAAUGUAUCAUUUUUAAAAUAA